CUCUCUCUGGACAGGGAUUGCUCAAAGCCAUGAGGUCAGCCAGCAUGCAGCUAGAAUGGGUGAUACCAUGGCUCAGCCUUUGCCUUGGCCUAUCAGCAGCCACCAUUGUCACGGUUCAGGACACUGGAAAAAUUCCAGUAAUUACAGUAGUGAGCCCAUCUCACAACAACCAGUUCUGCAGCACAUGGGGAAACUACCACUUUAAGACAUUUGAUGGGAAUUUGUUCAGGCUUCCAUCCACUUGCAGCUACAUCUUUGCAUCCCAGUGUAAGGCAGACUACAACAGUUUCAACAUUGAGCUCCAACGACAGGAGUCCGAUAUGGUUACCACCAUAAAGAAAGUCACAAUGAAACUGGAUGGUGAAGUUGUGGAAUUAGGCAAUGGAUUCAUCAAAAUCAACAAUGAACCUGCUAAAAUACCCUUCAGUCGGGGUGGCAUUUCAGUAGAAAGCAUUGCAUCCUAUGUUAAAGUUCAGGCAAAGCUGGGAUUGGUCUUAAUGUGGAAUCAAGAAGACUCCCUCUGGGUUGAACUGGAUGCAAAAUUCAGAAAUCAAACUUGUGGUCUGUGUGGUGACUUCAAUGAACUGAAUAAUGAGUUCACAAAUUCAGAUACAGGGGCUUCUUACUGUAUUGAAGAAUAUGGGGACAAGUGGAAAAUCAGUGGUCUGUCUGACAAUUGUGAGACCACGUCCUUUAAAGCCAAAGAGUCAUGUGAAGUUCCGGAAGAUCUCUGCCAGAAACUGAAGACUGAAAGUGCAUUUGACAGUUGUCAAGGCCUGAUUGAAACCGAGUCCUUCAUUGACGCCUGUAAGGAAGAUCUGUGCUCCUGUGUCAGCAAUGAUACGUCUUGUGUGUGUGCGACCAUGUCAGAGUACUCCCGUCAGUGUGCUCAUGCAGGCGGGACACCAGGGCAGUGGAAGAACCCAGAUUUCUGUGGAAAAUCAUGCCCCUUCAACCUGGAGUAUAAGGAAUGUGGUAAUCCCUGCAUGGACACUUGCAAAAACCAGGGCACAAACCAAGUGUGUAGUGAACACUGUGUUGAUGGAUGUUUCUGUCCAUUUGGGACUGUGUUGGAUGAUGUCACACAUACUGGGUGCAUCACUGUUGACAACUGCAGCUGCCUGCAUAAUGGAGAAAUAUACCAACCGGGGCAAUCCUACUCCGGGCCAUGCAAGAGCUGCACCUGCAAAAAUGGUGAGUGGAUCUGUAAUCUUAAAGACUGCCCUGGUGUUUGUUCCAUCCUGGGUGGCUCUCACAUCACCACCUAUGACGAUAAAACGUAUAUGUUUCACGGAGAGUGUUCUUAUGUUCUGACAAAGGAAAUCAAAGGGACUUUCAGCCUUCAAGGCGACUUGGCUAAAUGUGAAAAAUCUGAUAAAUCAACUUGUCUGGCUUCAAUCACUCUACUACUGUCAGAUCAUGUGAUUGUUAAAAUUGAUGCCAGUGGGCAGGUCUUUUACCACACACUGCUCACUCAGCUUCCUCUCUUUUUGGAUGAUAUCAAAAUUUUCCACCCAUCUACAUUCUUUCUUGUAAUGCAAACCACCUACGGGCUUGAUGUUGAGAUUCAGCUCACACCUGUUAUGCAGGUCUACAUCAAAGCCAGUGUAUCUAAUAAAGGAAAACUUGUCGGUCUGUGUGGAGAUUUUGAUAACGAUGGAUCACAGGACUUCCAAACAACCUCCGGUAUAAUUGAAAAAACAGCUUGGACAUUUGCCAACACAUGGAAAACCAAGCCAAACUGCCCUGAUGUGACAAAUAUACUCGGGGACCCCUGUAGUUUGAGUACAGAAAAGGAGGAAUAUGCCAAACACUGGUGCUCCCAGCUGUCAGACCCAAAAGGUGUUUUUUCACUGUGCCAUCCUGUGGUACACCCAGUAGAAUAUCAACUUAAUUGUAUUUAUGACACCUGUGCCUGUGAAAAAAGUGAGGAUUGCUUGUGUGCUGUUUUGUCCGCCUAUGUUCAUGCAUGUGCUAUUGAAGGUGUAUUAUUGACUGGAUGGAGGAACAACACAUGCCAGAAAUACACAAAUGACUGCCCACCUACUUUUGUGUAUGACUACAAAAUGACAAGCUGUGGUCGCACCUGUCGCUCUCUUAAGUCAGAUUUAACAUGUGGGGUUGAUUUUACUGAGCUUGAUGGCUGUGGCUGUGCUGAAGGAACUUAUCUAAAUGAGAAGAACGAGUGUGUGUUACCCUCACAAUGUUCCUGUUACGCUGGAGACACAGUGGUGCAUCCCGGGCAGGUUACUACACUCAGUAAUGGACAGACUUGCUCUUGCUAUGGUGGAGAAUUAACCUGUUCAGGAAAACAAGUGAUUCAAACAUGCACAAGCCCAAUGGUUUUCCUCAACUGCUCAAAUGCAAAGCCGGGAGAAAAGGGAUCUGAGUGCCAAAAAAGCUGCCAGACACUGAACAAACAAUGUAUCAGCACAGAUUGUAUCUCAGGAUGUGUAUGUCCUGAUGGCCUGCUAUCAGAUAAUAAUGGAGGCUGUGUAAAGCAGGAGGACUGCCCCUGCCCAUAUAAUGGACAAUACUAUAAACAUGGACAAUCUGUUAAAGUGGACUGCAAUACAUGCACAUGCAAAAGCAGCAUAUGGGAAUGUACAGGUCAAGACUGUGGUGGAACCUGUACCAUUUAUGGAGCAGGGAAUUACAUCACUUUUGAUGAAUCAAGAUUUGCCUUUAGUGGAGGCUGUAGCUACAUCUUCACCCAGGAUUCCUGUGGAGGUGAGAACGGCACCUUUCAGGUACUGACUGAGAGCAUCCCCUGCGAAAAUGCUGAAAGCGUCUGCUCCUUUGACAUCACGCUCUAUUUAGGGAACAGUGAAAUUCGUCUCUCAGAUGAACAUAUCAAAGUUUUUAAAAAAAACAGUGGGGAAGAAAUACCCUAUCAAGUCCACACUUUGGGUUUAUAUCUCGUCAUUGAAGCGAAGAAUGGCCUUAUUGUCAUUUGGGAUAAAAAGACAACCCUCAUGAUAAAACUCAGAUCUACAUUCAAGGGCAAAGUCUGCGGUCUGUGUGGAAAUUUUGAUGGAAAUAUCAAGAAUGAUUUCACUACCAGAAAUAAAGAAGUUGUGGUUGAUCCCCUUAUAUUCGGAAACAGCUGGCAAGUGUCACCUAGCUGCUCAAGUGCACAAACUCCAAAGGAUGCAUGUACACUGUACUCACACAGACAGGCAUGGGCAGUGAAGCACUGCAGCAUUAUCAAGAGUGCAGUAUUUGAGGCCUGCUAUUCAAAGGUGGAUCCCCAACAAUAUUUUGAUGCCUGUGUGAGAGACACGUGUGCCUGUAAUUCAGGAGGAGAUUGUGAGUGUUUCUGUUCAGCUGUAGCAGCUUAUGCAGCAGCCUGUAAUGAGGCAGGAGUGUGCGUGAAAUGGAGAACUCCCACCAUCUGCCCUGUAUUCUGUGAUUAUUACAACCCUGAUGGACAGUGUGAAUGGCACUAUAAGCCUUGUGGAAGAUCAUGCAUGAAGACAUGCAGAAAUCCCUCUGGAAUAUGCUACAAUCAACUUCCCGCAUUAGAAG